GAAGAAUUGGCGACUGGCGGAGUUUAUUGAUUCAACGAAAAUUUGUUAGCUUUCCCAAUCAAAUUUCUCCCAAAUGGACAGCGAUUCCAGAAACCCUACCUCCGAUCGCCACCCCAGUCACGGCGGCGCUUCCACGAGCAUUCUUCCCAUAACAGCAACCACCGACGACAUCGCACCGUCCAGCAGCAGAUUGGCCCGGGUCGAAUGGCCCACCAUUGAUGGCCCGCUUGGCCUCUCGCACGAAGAUUCGCUUGCGUAUGCUCGCAGAUUCUUCAAAUUGGGAUUUUUAUGCCUGCCUUUCCUUUGGGCCGUCAAUUGCUUCUAUUUCUGGCCAGUCCUUCGCAACCCCCAUUCUCAUCAUUCAAACCCUCGCCUCCGCACCUAUCUUGUUGGAUCAGCAAUUGGUUUCACGGUGUUCACAGCUAUUCUAUCCUCAUGGGCUCUUACCUUUGCCAUUGGAGGGGAGCGUAUGUUUGGGCAUGUUUGGAAGGAAUUGGUAUUGUACAAUGUGGCUGACAAAUAUGGCUUAACUGGAUGGAUCUAGAUAUGUUCCUAUUUCCUACUUGUAUACGUUCGGUAUCUACAUGCACUAGUAUGUAUUUUUUUUUCCUGAAAACUAUUUGGGGUGUUAUGUUCAGUUACUGCCUUU